UAAAAGAACAGUGUGUAGUAGUUCAUAGAGGUGUUGUGUAUUUUUGUACGUGAAACGAAUUAAAGUGACAUAAAAUCGGAGAUGUUUAAUUCCAGAUGAUUUGGACAGGAAAACUAACUAAGAACUACGGCUUCCUCUUUCUCAUAGAGUGAUGUUGACCAUACGGUGACGAGUCCAGCCAAAUCGGCGGAAAACUACGUCACCAGUGACGGAUUCCCCCGAAACUGGGACAAAGUGCAGUGUACUCUGGCAUUGCGUUUUACCGGAAUUUCUCUCACUCCAUGACUAGUAGCCUCCCCCUCUUUUCCUCUCUUUCUUUCUUUCUCUUUCUCUUAAGAUUGGCCAAUCGUCUCGUCAUCCUCUAACCCUCGAUCGAAACUGACAGGUAACCAACAACGAAUGGUGUACAUUCAACAUCGUAGUGUCUGGAGGGCUCGAUAUCAUGUCCGAUGGGGUUGAUGUUGGUGGCGGGGAAAACGAGGUAGAUUCCCAUUCUUGUUUACACGCCGAUGUUGGAGAGUCCUCGAACCAAAGGGAAGAUGAGAUUUUGGAUCCAGAUAACGAGGCUGCCUUGAACACUAAUUAUGAUAGCGGUGAUGGUGCUGUACCUGCUUUUAGGUGUGAAAGGUGUGAAAACUAUGAGACUAUAAAUAAGACAGCAUUCUGCGCUCAUCAGGACCAGUGUCUGGCCAGUUCUGAGCCAGGAGAGAGCGCAGAGAAUAUAGAAGCUGCUGAUAAUGAUGGAGAUGGAGAAGAAAGUCAUUCUGGAAUUCGUUCUCACAGAAAAAUGUUUGAAUGCGACGUUUGCAAUAUGAAAUUUUCUAAUGGAGCUAACAUGAGGCGGCACAAGAUGAGGCACACUGGUGUGAAGCCGUAUGAGUGUCGUGUCUGUCAGAAGAGAUUUUUUCGCAAGGAUCACCUGGCAGAACAUUUUACAACUCACUCAAAGACUCUACCGUAUCAUUGUCCGAUCUGUAAUCGAGGGUUUCAAAGACAAAUCGCGAUGAGGGCCCACUUCCAGAACGAACAUGUCGGUCAACACGAUAUGGUCAAGUCUUGUCCAUUGUGCAACUAUCGUGCAGCGACUAUGAAGUGUCUUAGGCUACAUUUUUUUAACAGGCACGGAAUAGAUCUAGAUAACCCAGGACCAAAUAGUUCAAGUUCUUUGAUGAAUAGCUGUACUCCGGGGGAGGCUAUGCCUUCCGCUCCUCUUUCAGAUAGCGGAGACAGUACCGGAAAUCGAUCUGCGGACAAUGCAACUCCGCCGAUGCACUUUUUGACACCUCAUAUAGAGAUAUCGAUUCCUUACUCCGAACAAGCUGCAAGUCAACGGAAUUCAAGCCCUGCUCCCCUUAACGGAGAUAGUCCAAAUAGCCCGCAAAGCGCAGAUAGCAACAGUAAUGCUCCAAGUAGUAGUCAUCAUCAGUUACCUAUUAACAGUAGUGGUAUUCACAGGAACGUUGGUGGAAGUGAAGAGGCAAUUACACCUUCAAUCUCACUUAUUCCUAUUAAGCAAGAACCAAACAGCAACGGGACAGAGGAGAAUGGCGCAACAUCUAGCAAUCUUCCAUUACCAUCCUUGAUAAAGGUCUCUCCACUAAAAUCUCUUCUUCGAGAUGAUUUACGACGCAAGCUUUCAUCUAGCUCUGGAAAUAAUAACAAUAACAACGGUAAUAAUAGUUCAAAUUCAAAUCCCCAUUCAAGAGGAGAACCUCCUAGUUCAACGAGGCCCGAUCAACGAAGCAGUGGACUUCAAUGCACUCACUGUAGAAUUACCUUUCCCGAUCAAACAUUAUAUUUCCUUCAUAAGGGCUGUCAUAGUGAAAGCAAUCCCUGGAAGUGCAAUAUUUGCGGGGAGCAAUGUUGCAAUUUGUAUCAAUUCAAUUCGCAUUUAUUAAGCAAAAGUCAUCAGUAGUUAUUUGGAUAAAUGACGUUUUUUGAAGAAGACCUAGUACCUCGAUUAUUUAAAAAAAUUAUCGAAUAAUAAUGUUGAUAUGACUGAUGGAGAGGAAAUUAUGAGCUUGAACAAACAAAAUUACAUUAUUCGUUAGAAAAUAUAAAUGACAACCCAUUUGUAUUUAAAAGUUCGAACGAAAUUUUUACUUAUUUUAAUAUCUAUAUUAAUAAGUAGCCUUCGAUUUACAUUAGGGAUAAAAUAGUCGAGGUUCGAGGAAUGAUUUUGGAAUCUGGGAAAAAAAAAUCGUGCCUUUGUCGAGAUACCUUUGCCAACGCUCACACUCGUCCGAAUCGUCCUAAUUUAUGAUAGUACGAACAAUCCGUCCAUGGGGCUUUACCAAAAUAUAUUCCAGAAGCUCUGUUGGUAGUUUUAAACCUAGUUAUACUUAGAAGAAAACAGUGAGAAUACCAAUGAGCUCCUUUUUUCUAUCUAAAUUCUUUUUACGCACUGUUUUGUUUGCUUGUUUAUAAACUUGAUUGUUAAAUUGCAUUAAUUUUAUAUAUUAUCAUCUAUUUCAUCUAUUCCUAUUAUAUUAAGAAUAGUCAUUUCCGUUAAAAUGUGUACAACAUAAUUUUUUAUGAAUUUGAUUGUUCAUUUGUUAAAGAGAAGUACGCAUAAUCGAGAAGAAUCCUUUGCAAACUAAAUUUUCAAUUAUCGAUGUAAUGUUAUGGUGCGAGAAAGGAACCGAACCAUUGCAUAUAAAUAUAAAUAUACAAGUAGAUAAGAGAGGCGACAGCUGAAGUACUGUGUCAGCUCAAGAAAUAUUUUAUAUAGAGAUAUUUGUACAGAAAAGUAUUAAUAUAGGAAAGAAUAUGCAAAUAAAAAAAGUCAAGAUCUCAUAUUUCAGAGAUGUAUAAUUAUUCAAAUGAUAUUUUAUUUAAAAAUACAUGAAUCGAAAUUUAGUGAAACAAAUUUUUAACAAGUCAAAAAUAAUUAAAAGAGAAAUGUAACUUAUACUAGUUUCAGUAUAAGUUCACGUAAUAAAAAAAACGCUAAUAGUUUCGAAAUAUGAUUUCCAGACUGGUACAUAUUUCUAUGUACAUGUGUAUGUGUGUAUGUGCACAGGGUACCCAAUUUAAGUGUAUAAAUCUACAUGUUAUUGUUUUAAGAAAAAAAAAAUACUUUCAACCAUAGUCACGUAAAUGAAAAAGGAACACACUUAAAUGUUAAGUAAUUUUUUAAUAGUUAAACUAAUUAAUAACGUGUGCGAAUAUACAGUUAAGUUGGGCACUUUCUAUAUGUUCUAUAUUUAAAAAAAAAAAAAAUAGAUUGAAGAAAAUACGCACGAACACUAUUGUCUAUUGUAGUUAUUUAAAAAUCGUUCC